AUGAUUUAAAGGAUUUAAUUUAAAAUCUAAAAAUUCUUAACAUUUUUGAGUAUGGCUUAGAAAACAGAUUUCACUAAUGUUGUCGAAAGACCCAACUUCCCUGAAGAGGAAGUCAGAAUCCUAAAAUAUUGGGAAUAGAUCAAUGCUUUUCAUAAAUAAUUGGAAUUGACAAAGGAUUGUCCACGAUUUACAUUUUAUGAUGGACCCCCCUUUGCUACUGGGUUACCUCAUUAUGGUCAUAUGUGUGCUGGUACAAUUAAAGACGUAGUGUGCAGGUAUUUUGCAAUGAAUGGGAGAUAUGUGGAAAGAAGAUUCGGAUGGGAUUGUCACGGAUUGCCAGUUGAGCAUGAAAUUGAUAAAACUCUUAAAAUUUAACACAGAGGUGAUAUUUUAAAGAUGGGUAUUGAUAAAUACAACCAUGAAUGCAGAUCAAUAGUCAUGAGAUAUGCAUCUGAAUGGAGAAGAAUAAUAGGAAGAACAGGUAGAUGGAUCGAUUUUGAUAAUGAUUACAAAACAUUGGAUACAUCCUUUAUGGAAAGUGUUUGGUGGGUCUUCAAACAAAUGUGGGAGAAAGGCUUAGUAUAUAGAGGAUGCAAAGUCAUGCCUUAUUCUAAUGGAUGUUCCACAGUUCUCAGCAACUUCGAGACCUAAUAGAAUUAUAAGAAUGUGUGGGAUCCUGCUAUUGUUGUGACUUUCCCACUAGUUAAAGAUGAGAAGACUAAAUUCGUUGCUUGGACAACAACUCCUUGGACAUUGCCUAGUAAUUUAGCCUUAGCUGUUCACCCAGAUUUAGUUUAUGUGAAAUUACUAGAUAAAGCAUCUAAUACUCAUUACAUCCUAGCAGAGUCAAGAAUUGUUGAAUUGUAUACUGAUGCCAAGUUGUAUGAAGUUGUGGAGAAAUUCAAAGGUACUGAUUUAGUUGGAACUGAAUACGUUCCAUUAUUCAAUUACUUUUUGGAAAGGAAAGAAUAAGGAUGCUAUAGAGUUUUGGCUGCCAAUUUUGUUACUAGUGAUGAUGGUACUGGUAUAGUACAUUGUGCUCCUGGUUUUGGUGAUGACGAUUACAAGGCAUGUUUAAAGGCUGGCAUCAUAGUUCCAUCCGAUCCUUUGGUACCCAUUGAUUCUAGUGGAAGAUUCUUGGAGUCAGUCAAAGACUUCUCAGGAAUGUAAGUCAAGGAGGCAGAUAAGGAAAUUAGAAAGCUACUUAAAACUAAUGGAAGAUUGAUUAAGGAUGGAUAAGUUCAACAUAAUUAUCCUUAUUGUUGGAGAUCUUAAACCCCAUUAAUUUAUAAAGCUGUUAACUGUUGGUUUAUUAAGGUUACAUCAAUUAAGGAUAAACUUGUUGUUAACAAUAAGAAGGCUAGAUGGGUACCAUAAUCAAUUCAAGAUGGAAGAUUUAACAAUUGGUUAGAUGAUGCCUAAGAUUGGUGUUUCAGUAGAAAUAGAUUCUGGGGUAAUCCUAUUCCAAUUUGGGUCAGUGACGAUUUUGAAGAAUCAGUUUGCAUUGGAUCUAUUGAAGAAUUGAGGUAACUUUCUGGAGUUGAAAAACAUCACAGAUCUCCAUAGAGAAUACAUUGA